GCUUCCUGUGGGCGGCCUGUUACUCUCGGCGUCUGUCUCUCUCUCUCUCUCCGAAAAAAAAUCAUCGUCCAAAGCAGCGCGUUAACAAUGUCUCAUCAGACAGGGAUACCCGCUACCAGGGAACUGAAGGACUUCUUUGCAAAGGCCCGGAAUGGAUCUAUUCGCAUUAUGAAAGUUAUAAUCAAAGAUGAGCAGUUAGUGUUGGGGAUGUACAAGGAGCCAUUACAGACAUGGGACAAAGACUACGAUAAUUUCAUCCUUCCCCUGCUGGAGGACAUGCAGCCGUGCUAUAUUCUUUAUCGCCUCGAUAGCCAGAAUGCACAGGGCUAUGAAUGGCUCUUCAUUUCCUGGUCACCUGAUCAUUCCCCAGUCAGACAAAAGAUGUUGUAUGCAGCAACUCGAGCCACUGUGAAAAAGGAAUUUGGUGGAGGACACAUUAAAGAUGAAUUGUUUGGAACAAUGAAGGAAGAUGUCUGUUUUAGUGGCUACCAGAAGCAUGUAUUGUCCCGUUUGGGACCAGCACCACUGACAGCAGCUGAGGAGGAGCUGAAACAGAUUAAGAUUAAUGAGGUAAAGACUGAGAUCAGUGUUCAAAGUAAGCACCAGACAAUGCAAGGUAUUGCAUUUCCAAUCCAAGAAAGUGCCAUGACGGCUCUCCUCUUACUUAAAGAGAAGAAGAUCAAUUACAUCCAACUGAAACUGGAUACAGAGAAGGAAACCAUCAACUUGGUGCAUACAGAUGUCACUGACAUCCAUGACUUGCCAAAGAGAAUCCCAAGUAAUGCUGCUCGCUAUCAUUUCUUCCUCUAUAAGCACUCACACGAGGGGGACUACUUAGAAUCAAUUGUGUUUAUCUACUCCAUGCCAGGGUACAAAUGUGGUAUUAAAGAUCGUAUGCUCUACUCCAGUUGUAAGGGACCUCUACUGGAUGUGGCAGAACAAGAGCUACAACUGAAAGUUGUCAAAAAGAUUGAGAUAGACAAUGGUGAAGAGCUAACACCAGAUUUCCUUUAUGAAGAAGUCCACCCUAAACAGCACGCUUUCAAACAAGCUUUUGCAAAGCCAAAGGGACCGGCUGGAAAGCGUGGGAUGAAGCGAAUUAUCAGAGGAGGUGGUGAUGCAGAAAAUGGAGAGGAUGUUUAAAACAUAGACCGUCGGACCUAAGGGACUUUGGACUGACUUUCUAAUCUUUAACACUGAACUUCAAAUUUACAUUAGAAUAUAUAUUUACAUCAGUCGAACCUCCUUUUUUUUUGCCCUUUUUCUCCCAAAAUAUGAUAAGCACCUUUUUAGACUUUUUAAUUAUUGCUGACGCUUGUUUCAGAAUCUUUGGGAGAGUUUUUGAUUUGUACAAGGUCUGUCAUGUCAUCGUUCUAUGAAACACAAAAUAAUUGGCACAGUUUCGUGGCAGCUUUGAACUCGUUGCCUGCUUUACUUGGCAAGAACACAAAUCAAUUUAACAUAUCCCAUUUAUACUUUGAGAUUAGGAUCGGUGGGGAACCAGACAAUCUCCACUGAAUCUGCUACUGAAUGCACUACAAUUAUCCCAAACUAAAAAACACAGUAGGCAUCCUAUCAGGUUCCCAUCUCAGAGGGAAAGCUAGUGUGGUGCUUUUCAAGGUUUGACCAAAAGCAACAAAGCAUAAUUUUUAAUUUGAAUGACAAUAAAUGGGGGAGAAUGCAACUAUUUUCUUACAAACACUACACGCUGUUCACAUUCAGAAGUAAUAAAAAAUUCAUUAUCUGUUAGUAAUAGUAACCAAAAUUGAAAACAGUUCCUGAAAAUUCCUAAACUAACUUCAAAGGCUGGUGUACAAAUCACUAAUAGACCACUGGGUACCCAAAUCCACAAUGCCAAGGGCUCAGAUAUGUGAUUCCUGUGACAAACUCUGAGGAGGUUAAAUCCAUCAUCUCCAAUUUGAGCUUCCAGCCAACGCCUCAGAUACGUUGGUGCAUGUUCACCACAAGAAAGUAAGCUCAUACUCUUCCAACAGAUUGUGAGGGAAUUGGAAAGCUUUACCAUAAUCUAUUACCAUGGAAACCAGACACCAUUGCCAGAAAACAAAUGUUGGAUGAAAAUAUCAGUCCGUGGAGUUGCUCCCAGCUCCGUUUUACUCUUGACUUUUGCUAGAUAUUGGUUACAGUGGACAAUGACUUCCUAUUUUAUUUUCAAAGGAGCAAGUGCCCAAUGUAGGCCAUUUUGGCAUAUCAUCCAAAUUUGCAUUUUAGGGCUCUGUACACAAAGGGAGCAGGAAUUUGGAAUAGAGUUCACAGCCUCCUGGUUCUGAACUUGUAUUUGUUUUGUUGUUGGAGAACUAUACGUUUCUACUGGAAGGUCAUAUUGUGGUACUGUAAGUUAAUUCACGAAAUGCACUUUGCUUCAGUAUAGCUGUAGAUAGAGAAUAUACCUGAAUUUGCAGCUGUGGUGUCUGUGGGACUAGAACCAUAGCACUAGAACUAAUUGAUUCAAGUAGAUCCAAAGGUGAAUUUAGAUAAGAGUCAAUGAAAAAGUGUACAUCAAGAGAGGCUGCACCCUGCACCUUUCACCAACAUUUCUUUUUUAAUGUGGAGUUUUGACCAUUUCUAAAAGAUAAUAAAUUAAUUUUAACUUGUGUAAAUCACAUCAGCUUUUAAAUCUGUCAUGUUCAUCAGUUAUUUUGGGCAGCGUACCUGCUUAGCAGUGUGCGGACAGCUCCGUUUAUUGAUUUGUGCUGCUUAGGUAUCCAUUAUUGCAGUCAGUCACUACAUUGAUUAAAUAAAAACAGAAAACACUGGAGAAACUCAGCAGGUCUUGCAGCACUUGUGGAGAGAAAAUAGAGUUAAUGUAAGUUUCUCAUACAUUUUCUGUUAUUUUAUAUUGCCAGCAUCUGCUGAUACUUUGCUUUUAUUUGACUACAGUGAUUAAGAUCAUCACCCUUUUUCCCAAUGUUACUGUAUUGAUUUGGAAGCAUGUUGUAGUUUAUUUGGGACUUCGCCACUUGAAUUAUUGAGAUCUUUUGCAAUGUGCCACAUUGAUUUGUGUCGCAUUGGCUCCCAUUGGAUACACAGAAUAGUGAAGGUUUUCUAAAAAAGGCAAUUAUAUUUGGAAUAAAACAAGGGAACUGAUAGUCCGUACAUUACUCUCAAUCAUCCGCAAAAUAAAGGAAGGCGUAAUUGGCAGUACUGUCAAACCACACUGACUCAUCAAUAACUUGUUUACCAAUAUUCCAUCUGGAUUUCUCAACACCCACUCAGCUCUAGACUGCAUCACAGUUUUAGUCCAAACAUGGACACAAGAAGUGAAUCCCAGAGAUGAUGUGAAAAUUACUUACCUUUGACAUCAAGGUUUCAUUUGACUGAAACAUCAAGGAGCCCGCGGAAGCCUGUGAGAAUCAGGGGCAAAUCAUCCUGCUGGUUGGAGGCAUGUCUAGCAUAAAGGAACAUUGCUGGAGGCCACUUAUCCCAGCACAGAACACUGAUGCAUGAGAACCUCAGGAUAGUGGCUUCUACUCUAUUAAUGACCUUCCCUCCAAGAUAAAAUGAGAAGUAGGAAUGUUUGCAGUUGUUUAUAAUUCCAUUUCCAUUUGAAAGUUUUUAGAUAAUGAAGUGGUGCGCUCCUGCAGGUCGCAUGAUCAGGACUAUUUUCAGGUUUGAUUUAAUUAGUGGCAUGUCAUAUUUUAUCAGCCAUGACCAAAUGGCGGAGCAGAUUCAAUGGGCUGAUUGGCCUAAUUCUGCUCCUAUAUCUUAUGAAUUUAUGAAUGUUCAUACAAAUACUAGGCCAUGACCAUCUUCAACAUUUUCCCUUGAUACUCAAUAGAAUUACCAGCACUGAAACCUCAUCGUUAACAUCCUAAGGGAUCAUAAUUAACCAAAACUUUAAUUGUACCAGCUAUAUAAUUAGUGGGCUACAAGGUCAACAGGUCACAAAGAGAAUUCUAUGACAAGUCAUUGACCUCCUGACUGCCCAAAGCACAAGUCAGAAGAAUGUGAUCCAGUGCCUUGGCUUGACCGAAUGAGUAUAAGACAAGAAGCUUGUCACAUUCCAAAGCAGAUCGCAUGCUUGGCACUCCACCUGAAACAUUUAAUCUUUGCACUACUGACCUACUAUUGCAGUGCCUGCCACCAGCAAGAUGCCCUGCAGCUACUUGCAAAGGCUCCUUCAACUGCAUCUCCAAAACCAACCUUCUGUUAGGACACAACAUAUGGGAAUAAUACCAGCUACAAUUUCCUCUUCGAGUUACAGACCACCUGAACUAGGCAAUACAUAUCAUUCCUUCUGAGUUAAACUGCUGGAGAAUCGUACUUAACAGUGCUGUGGGAGUGCCAUAAUCACAUGGACUCCAGCAGUUAAAUAAGACAGCUUAUUACUACCUCAAGGGUAAAUGGUGGACAUGUCAGUGACACCCACAUCCAAUGAAUGAAUGAACAGAAAGUAAACAUGCCCAUCUCUGCAAUAUCCUCUUCAGUUAUUGAGAAAUAAACCCAUAACUGAAAAAAGUUAUGUCUUUCAUUAGAUUAUUAUUUGAGCUGUUUCUAGCUCAAGCUCAAGAAUUGGUGUUCCCUUCCAUUGUUCAUCUGCACUAAUGAAUUUAAGUAAGCGCCCAGAUCCAGUCACAUGGUGACUUUCUGUUUUGUUUACUGCCAUAUACUUGAGAGAUAAGCCUUUUAGUUUGCAGCCCACCCAGAUUUAGUCUUAUUGCUAACUCUGGGACCAUGCAGCUGCUUCCUUGCCUGGACACAGAAUUAAAAAGCAAUAAUGAAUUUUAGUAGUUAUUCUGCCAAGUAGUGCACCUCUUACCUUCAUAUAAUUCCUCAUGCAAUGUAUGUGUGUUGUGAAGACUUCAAGAUAAGAAAAAUUCAGUCUUCUAUAUGAUCUUGGCUCUUUAUCUGACAGCUUAGGAAUACCCGAGUUAUGUGGCCAGCCUCUCACCUGAGGUCCCACCAAAGAAUGGGAGAUCAUCAAAAUGGGAUAUGAUAAUCUAAUGGUAUUCUCACUAGACUAUUAAUCCAGAGACCCAGGUAAUAGGGACUCAAGUUUGAAUCGUGUCCUGGCAAUGGUGGAAUUUGAAUUCAACACUGUUUUUGAAUUAAGAGGCUAAUGAUGGCCGUGGAACUGUUGUUGAUUGUGAAGAACCCAUCUGGUUCACUGACAUUCUUUAGGGAAGAAAACUGUAGUCUCCAAGCUCUCAGCAAAGGGGUUGACUGUUAAUUGCCCUCAAGGCAAUUAGGAAUGAGCAAUAAAUGCUGGCAUGGCAUGAAUGAAUGAUUAAUUGGGGCAAUUUGCAGUUUGUGUUUUUAAUGGGAGGAUACAGACACUGAAGUUCAUUGAUCAUGAAUAGAACUCGCUAAUUAACAGACUGGAUGACAGUGAAUACCAUUUAUUCAAAGAUUUUCUAUCUCAACCUCUAUUAAAAAAACAUGAUUUCUGUUCAAGUAUUUAGGGAACAAUUAGAUAAUUCAAAAACUUAAUUGCCAUAAUAUAGACAACAUUUUGAUGUGAAAAAUCUAUCAGCACAAACUAUGUUUUCUAGACGAUGAAGCACUGGUGUGGAAAAUAAAAGUGCGUUCAGUCCAGAUCACUCAAAAGCCACUGAAUUCUUGAUUCUUUGUUUACUACGUGGGAUGUGGCUGUCACUGGCUAGCCCAAUGUUUGUUUCUAUCCCUAAUUGCCCGAGAAAAGGUGAUGAUGAACUAACUGUCUUUGUGAACACUGCAGUCCUUGUUUAUAGGUAGACCCACAGUACUGUUAGGAAAGGAGUUCCUUGUUUUUGACUCAGUAGGAGUAAAGGAACACCAAUAUACUUCCAAGUUAGGAUGGUCUAUGACACAUGGAGGGGAACUUGCAGGGCUGUGGUGUUCCUACACAUCUACUGCCCAUUCCUUGGUAAUAGAGUCAUAGAGAUGUACAGCACAGAAACUUGUCCAUGUCGACCACAUCUCCCAACCGAAUCUAGUCCCACCUGCCAGCACUUGGCCCAUAUCCUUCCAAACCCUUCCUAUUCAUAUACCCAUCCAGAUACCUUUCAAAUGUUGUAAUUGUACUAACCACCACCCUCCGCGUGAAAAUGUUGCCCCUUAAGUCUCUUUUAUAUCUUUCCCCUCUCACCUUAAACCUAUGCCCUCCAGUUCUGGACUCCCCACCCCAGGGAAAAGACCUUGUCUAUUUACCCUAUCCACGCCACUCAUGAUUUUAUAAACCUCUAUAAGGUCACCCUUCACAGUGAUCAUUUCAAUAGCCUAUCAGUACAAUUUUAAAUAUUGCACAACAUCAGAUUAUACUAAUAGAGUCAUAGAGUCCUACAUCACGGAGAUAGGCCCUUUGCCCAAACUGAUCCUUACUGACCAAAAUGUUCAUCCAUGCUAGCCCCAUUUCCCUGCGCCUGGCCCACAUCCCUCCAAACUGUUCCUUUCCAUGUAUAUGCCCAAAUUUUUUUUAAAAAUAUUGUUACUGCACCGGCUUCAAUCACUUCCGCUGGCAGUCCAUUCCACAUGCAUACCACCCUCUAUAAAAAAGCCGCCUCUCAAGUUCCCCUUUACUCCCUCCCCUCCUCCGUCAAACUGACGCUCUCCAGUCCUUGAUUCCCCAACCUAGGAAAAAGAUUGAGUGCAUUCACCCAAUCCAUGCCUGUUAUGAUCUUAUACAUUUCCAUAGAGGAAAAAUGUCCUCUCUCCGACCUCUCUCCAUAACUCAGACUGUUUGAGUCCUGGCAACAUCCUUGUAAAUUUCUUCUAGUUUAGGAAAUUUUCCUUCCUUUAUAUGGACUGUAGACCUGACUCAUAAAUGUCAUCAGAAAUGGCUAGCGAACUACGAUAUCUGCAUUAAGGACAGGAAUGGGUCAUUUAGCCCCUAUCAGAGCCAAAAUUGGCAAUUGUAUUUCAUAGGUUUGCACAAUAGAUAGCCAGUACCUUAUUGAUGAUGUUAUAAAUAGGAUUCUAGUCUUCUGUUCUUUAAAACAAAAUACUGCUGAUGCUGGAGACCUAACAACAGAAAGUACUAAAGAGAUUCAGCAGAUCUGGCAGCAUCUGUGGAGGGAGAACCAUAGCUAACGCUGAGUCCAAUUAUGAUUCUUUGGAAUUGAAAGGGGCUAGAAAUGAUUAUUUUCAUACAGUUGACCAAGGGGGAAGAGGAGUGAGUUGAACAAAUGGUGUUGGUUCAGCUAAAUCAUUUCACAAUCCUGCCUAUCUGAAUUGACACCUCAACUGAUCAUUGUUCAAUCAUUCCCUAGGUACAUUUAACUUACAAUUAUUCUUUAAUUCCUCUUUGUUCGAAUUCUCUUAUCAAUUUAAUACAAUCUAUUUAAGAUGUAACAAAUAAAUACAUUUUUAAAAAUUAAAAUAUCACUUCCUAUUCAUAUGAUUCAACACCGUACUUUAUCUGUCAUGUAAUACAAUGACACUGAAAUUAAAAUUCUGCCAUCACAUGAGUUGCUGCAAUCCAGCAUGAAAAAAAAGCGUGUAAAAAGUAAAAGCUUAGGACUUUACUUUUUAAAAAUAAGCAUGUGAAAUGUCUGUGAUGUUACAAUCUCCUGCAGUGACAAAAGUGGAUGUUCAGCAGAAAUGGUAUGUACCAUUUGUCAAGGGAUUAAAAAACACUAUGAACCUUCUA